AUGUUUUCCUCUCUGCUGCGACCCAAGCAGAGCAAUCGCAGCCGUCGCAUCGACCGCCUUCACGAUAGGCAUUCGCCGUCCCCUGGACCGGCUUAUCGCCACUACGGCACCGGACGACACCCCUCGGCUGACUUCACCGAGGCCGACGAUGAUGAAGAGGAGGAAGACGAGGAAGAGGACGAUGGCGUAGGCCAAUCCGGCGACGAUCAUGACGAUAACGACGGCCUCGACGACGAGGACCAGCCCAAUCGCUCCCUGCCCGUCCUGCCUCUCUUCUCAGAGACGUAUCUCGACUCCUUACCUAUAUACAGCAUUACCCACGCAAUCCGCAUCAUCAUCCAGACCCGAACCGAAACGACGUUAACAUGGGACCAAAUACGCUCGCCGCAGGUCUCUCAGUUCCUGGUCAAGCCUAUGCAGCAACAGAUCAGGACUGCGCAGUUUAACCGCGCGACCCUGUACUGUCUCAUGGCCAACUGUUUGCAGUUCAACAAGGAGGGCCAAAUGUACCCGGGCAAUGCUGGGACGAGUUACACCAGGGCUCUGGUGUGCGAGUUGCUUGCGCUGAAGCUCCUGAAGGAAUACAACACCCGCGAACUGAUCGACGCCCUUUCGUACGACUUCUACCCUCUCCAAGGUCUCCCCGGAGCCCAGCCAGCCAACGCGCCGAAAAACGACGUGAAGAACAAGGCUCGCCUCACGGCCGCCCGAACCUCGACUCUUGAAGUUGCCAUUCGUGCCUCGGCCAAGCACUUUUUGGCCCACCCACUGGUUGUGCAGCAGCUGGAGGCCAUUUGGAACGGAGCCAUCAGCUUCUACUCGUCGCAAGACAGUUUACAUCGCGACCCCCCACCCUCUCCGGUUCAAGGCCAGCCAGAUGCGAGAACGCCUCUUUUAGGAGCACCGAGUCAAAAGGAGGGACUGCCGAACCAUACCACGGCUGGAAGACGCAGCGUCAUUCUCUAUGAUCCUCGUCAGGCGUCUCUGUUCAAGCUAUCUCGUUUACGAGUUCCUCGCUACAGAUUCUUCCUCUCGACGCUAUCGCUGCUCGUCCUCAUUGGCUUGUUCCUCGCAGUCCUCGCUCAGCGUUCAGCUCGUAUCAGCUCGUUGGAGCUGAUCUUUUGGUUUUGGAGUGCCGGGUUCAUGCUGGAUGAGCUUGUCGGGUUCAACGAGCAGGGUUUCUCGCUUUACAUCAUGAGCUUCUGGAACGUCUUCGACCUGGGGAUCCUGGUUUUGCUGAUUGUCUACUACUUCAUGCGUGUGUACGGCGUGUUCCUUGUGGACCCGAAGCAUUGGAAUGACUCUGCGUACGAUGUGCUUGCCGCGAAUGCCAUUCUGCUGCUGCCCCGUAUCUUCAGCGUGCUGGAUCACUACCAGUACUUUUCCCAACUGCUCAUCGCGUUCCGUUUGAUGGCAGUUGACCUAGCGGCGGUCGCCAUUCUCAUUCUCAUAGCAUGCAGUGGGUUUUUCGUCUUCUUCACACUCGCCGACAGCAACAACGAUGCGGCAGACAUCGCCUUCAAGAUUUUCCAGCUUUUGAUGGGCUUCACUCCGGCUGCUUGGGACGUAUGGCCUACAUACAAUUGGCUUGAGAGGGGCCUCAUGGCUUUCUUCCUAAUUCUUUGCCACUUCGUUGUUGUCACAAUUCUCAUCACAGUUCUGACCAACUCAUUCAUGAAGAUCGCUUCCAACGCCAGGGAGGAGCAUCAGUUCCUCUUCGCCAUCAACACGAUCUCCAUGGUCAAGAACGACGCCCUGUUUUCCUACGUCGCACCAGGAAACAUUUUCGCGUGGUUGCUCAUGCCGCUGCGGUACUGCAUGCCCCUGAAGCAUUUCGUCCGACUGAACAGAACCAUCAUCAAGGUCACGCAUUUCCCUCUGCUCUUCUCCAUCUUCCUCUAUGAGAAGUAUUGGCUUGCGCCGUCAAUGUUCGAGCCCACGGAUCUCGUGGAAAACCAAUUCCACAGCCGUGACAGGACCAUCUCUUUCGCCGACCCAGCCGCUCGCUCCGCUUUGUUCAGCCCCAAUGUGCGGGUUCGCGAAGAAUCGGUCACUGGCUACCAGAAAGACCACGCGCUGGAAGAGGUGUUCCGGCGCGGACCCGGAAUCACCACUCUGCGAAACCAGAGGCGUAACGAGCGAAGGAAAACGCAGCACAUCAGAAAUUGGAUGGAUCAGAAUGAUGAGGCGGAUGGUGCGUCCCCUCAGGUUGGUCAAUGGUCUACGAUGGAUGGCGGUCAAAGCAUCCGACCAGACUGGCAUAGGCGGCUGAGUCUGACGAGGGAGCUUCGAUCGCAGAGAUCUCGUCAAAUAUCAGAUAUCAGAUCUGCCGCGAGCGAUCCUGCAGAUCUUCUGUCGCAGCCCGCCAUCGGCUCUUUCUUCCGGGGUAUAGCCGCGGCAACCAAAGCGAAGGAGGAAGAGAACCAGCAGACGGACGCAGACGGAGACGACGAGCUCGUCACGAACGACGAGGAAGAAGAGGAGGAUGUCGCCACGAACGCAGGCGAAAGUCGUGGGGUGCCGAUCAUCCACCAAACCCAGAUUGACGACUACUUCACCACGGUACCUUUGUCUAAGCGAUUCAGCGCUCCUCCUCAGACAUCGUCAUCUGUGGGUUCAAGCGGACGGCCGUCCAUACCGGCAACCCCUCGCUCUGCACGCCGUAUGCCUCACAGCCGGACCAUGUCGACUAAUACGAUCCUCUACGCCCCGCAGGAAUUGCGACGGCCACCUAGCUCGUCCUCUCAUUCCCCCGACCCGCCUCCGACUCGCGCGCGUGUGCAAAAUGGUCGAACCGCGGUCGUCGAGCCGGCCGUUGCUAGCGGCCACCGCUCACCACGCCGCCAAACGUACGUAACGACGAACACACGACCUAGGCCCAUCAUGCCGCCUCGGGACGCGACACAAACCGCGCCGAACCGUGCGGGCCUGACGGGCAUCGACCAGCGGCUUCGCCCGAACCAGAUGAGGCGACUAUCCUCGGUUGACAUGAGCAUCUUGUCAGAUAACAUUGCACCUGACGACCCCACCGGAGGCAUGCCGUCGAGCUUCCAGACGCAAAUGGCCAUGGCCUUGAUGAAGGACGCACGAAUGGGCGGAGCAGGACGCGGCCAGGACACCGGCGACAGCAACCGCAUGAGCAAGCUUGUGCUUGCACGAAUGAAGACUUUGGAAGAAAGUUUCGCCGACGUGGCCAGGGAGCUGCGCGGGCUCAAGACGAACUCGAACUCGACUGCGCCGACCACCCGCCGUAACUCGUCCGGCGAGGAGUUGCAGAAAAUUUCGGGUCUCGCGAGCCCGGACGUGAGAAAGGAGGGCGGGGGCGGCGACAGACCCAAGAUGGUCAGAAGGACUACCGGGAAGCGCCCCCCCAGCCGCAAGAGCAUGUUGGAGCCCAAGGUGGGCUUGCUGAGCGCGAAGGCAAAGGGCAAAGAGGUCGCGCACUCGUCGGGCGACGAAUCCGACAGCGAGAGCCUGGCGCCGACGAAGCGAAGCUCUAUGUAA